UUACUGAUUGGUGACAAAGAACCUUGGUAACAGUAUAGUUACAAAUCACGAUAAUAAAUACAGAAAAUGUCUUCACGGCUGUUCACAAUAGCAGCCUUCAUCAUAGUAGGAUUUUUUUAUUUACAAGUAAGAGCCUAUCCUCCAAAACCUCUAGGUUUCCAACGUCGUAACCUUUUCCUGGAACAAAUAGCGAGUAAUUCACAAGAACCUCUCACUUAUGUCGAUCCCCUUGGAGGGCAACUCCCCUUAGGGGGUCGAACGUCCCCGUCGGACUUGGAGGUAUCACCAGGUUCGCCCUCAUCCAUCUCAAAACAAGCAGAUUUGUUGUUAUCUUUCGAGGGCAACAACCCUGGACAUGAAAGUAACAACGGGGGUAACAACCCUGGACACGAUGGACCCAAAGAGAUAUCCCUCAUGAAUAAUUAUUUCCAUAUGGGAGAUCUCGGGUUAGUCCCUCUGGACCAAUUGGCCGUAGAAAGCGGGUCGCAUGUGGUCGGGGAUGAAGCCCUCGUGGACAAAGGGGACAUAGGGACGGAUUUGGGUUUAUCCCCAGAAACCCGGUUCCGACCCUACCAAAAGUCCAUAUUUUACGAUCGUCCCGGCAUCCACAGCGUAAAUCACCGGAACCACAAACGGGGACCAUACGAACCACACUUUUCGUUGGACAUAGAAUACUUCUCGAUGGACAAAGACCUGUCCACGGACCGGGAGGACAAAGCCCAGUCCCGACAGAAGGACAUAGUUUGUCCAGGUGAUCUGCUGCCUUGUCGGUGCCGCCUACGAGGGGAUGAAGUACACAUCAUGUGUGAGGGAGCGGACGCCACAGAGCUACAGCGAGCUCUGCUUCGGCUCAUGGGGUCAACUCUGCUCAUCACAGAGCUUCAUCUCGUUGCUAACUCUCUCGGUUCACUUCCUCCUCGGCUUUUCGGCUCACUGCAGGCAAGCGUCCGGUUCCUUGUGUGA